UGCCUGGUAUCGCUAUCACCAACCUCUCAGAGCAUCAGAUCGACCAACCGCCACAAUGUCUCCUGGAAUGACCCUCUUUGCCGUGCAGGCAGUCCUCAUCCUUGGCACCGAGGAUGGCUCCCGGAUAUUCACCAAAUACUAUUCUCCCCCCCACGCCGCUCCUACUGGAGGUGCAAGCAUACCGACCCAUCCUUAUACCGACGUGAAGGCGCAGAAGGCAUUCGAGAAGGGCCUUAUCGACAAGACGGCCAAGCAGACCGGAGACAUCAUCUUGUACGACAACCGAAUUGUCCUGUAUAAGAUGGAGUCCGACGUCAUGCUCUACGUUGUUGGUGCCGCCGACGAGAACGAGAUUCUGCUCUACAACACAGUACUGGCUCUUCGCGACUCUCUUCAUCUUCUGUUCAAGCAAUCGGUUGACAAGAGGACCAUUGUCGAAAACUACGACCUUGUCUCGCUCGCAAUUGACGAAAUCGUCGAUGACGGCAUCAUCUUGGAGACGGACCCUACCAUCAUUGUCCAGCGAGUCAGCCGUGCGCCUACUCAAGAUGUUCCCCUGGGCCGCAUCGACUUUAGCGAACAGGGCGUCAACAACUUGGCACAGCUCGGAAAGUCCAAGCUAUCAGACUGGCUUCGGCAAGGGCUGUAAAUACAAAGACCUGGGAUUGGUUGGAGUUUAAUGUUAUUUAAAGCGGCCUGUUACAUUAAAAGGAUUGCUCUUGUAGUUGAUUAGUCUUUUUAUCCUUGGGUUUUUUUUUUUCCAUACUUUUCUUAAUUUCUUCAAACGAGAUCGACUUAUAUACAGGGUAGGGUAUAACGAAUCUAUGCAUCUUCCUUUUUUUUGUGUCUCUAUUCCAGCGCGCUCCAUCACUCAUGACCUUAUCUCCGAUGCUGCCUUUCGAAGGCGAUUCAUAACAGCAGCGGCAAUGUCCAGUUCGUUUUCUAUGCCGUCGACAAAAAUCGUAUCUAUAUUCCGACGGUCCAAUUCUCGCAAAGCUGAGAAUAGCCCUUGAGCUAUUCUCUUAGCGUCCUGCCCAAGAUCUAUAUCGAAUAGCUCGCCGAUGACCUGGCCCUGGCC